GGCACCCUGACAUUGCCGAUGUUUAUAAAACGGUGACGACCGCACUUGAAUGUCAUGGUCUCCUUUCCGACCGGUGUGCUUUUUUGGAAGUCGCAUUGCACGUCAGACAAGGAGAAGGGAGCGGCAACGUACUUCGACAUCUUAUCUAAGUCGAUUCGCGAAGUUAGCGAGAAGAGUGUUGUUGGAGUGAUAAUGGACAACGCUGUUGUGUGCGCGAGAGCUGGCAGAUUGGUGGAGGAUACAUUCCCGCUAACCUUCCAUGUGCCAUGCGCUGCGCACUGCCUCGACUUGAUGCUGCACGACAUUGGGAAGAUAGAGUGGGUCGCUGAAACGGUGACGAAGGCGAACGACAUGGUGAAGUUCGUCAUGAACCACCAGCGAGUCAGGGAUGUUUACUACAUCCAUGUAGGUGGAAGGCAGUUACUGCGACCCGCGGCAACGCGUUUCGCCACCAACUUUCACAUGCUGGACCGCUUGAAGCAGCRGCGAAAAGCGUUGGUGGCUAUGGUCACAGACGACAUGUGGACAGCGACGUUGGUCCCCCAUGCGCAGCGCUCGACCCUCCACGAGAUGGAAGACAUCAUACUCGAUGCAGCAGGUCCGACCAUCAGCAAGGUUUAUGCGAAGAUGGACAGGAUAGUGGAGCGCCUGCGAGUUAACAAGGACCUGACAGUGGAUCAGCGGGACGAGAUCGAGGUGAUGGUCAUGCGCAGAUGGAAUGCCAUGACCACCCCCCUCCAUUGUGCAACCCUGUUCCUGGAUCCAGAGUACAUGUCGUCUGAGCCGCACAAGGAUGCAGAGAUCCAAGAUGGAUUCUACACCUGGGUGUACACAUGGCUCAAAGGGGCGUCACAGGAGGUGUGCAACCAGGUGGAGUACGAAGUCGAUUGUUGGGUUCAAAACAUUGGCAAGUUCAGCUCGCAGGUGGCCAUGGAUGCAGCCCGUAAGCAGAACCCUGUGGCAUGGUGGAAGCGCUGGUGCAAUGAGCUACAACACUUGCAGCCCCAUGCCAUUCGACUGUUGGGGCAAGGGUCGUCUGCUUCAGGCUGCGAAAGGAAUUGGAGCCUUUUCGCAGCAAUUCACACCAAAGAGCGCAAUGGCCUGGCCCCAGAGACAAUGCACAAACUGGUGUACAGCAAGUGGAACAUGCGGCUGCUUGACAUGCUGCAGCAGAUGCCGAAGAGGGCCAAAGACCUUAUUGAAUGGGAUGACCCACCGACAGAGGAGGCGCAAAAGGAGGCCAAAGAAAGAGUGAAGGUGGCUGAGCGGCGAUUGAAGAGCCUUACCUCAGUUGGUGACAAUGUUGUUCCACCUGUCGAUAGCGGGGAUGAUGAAGAUGGGGAUGAAGCUGUUGUUCCUUGCCGUGAAGAAUGCAACCUGGAGGAGAUUGAGGAGGGUCAACACAGGGACUGGCGUGGAUUGACGAAGGCAGCAAACUUCCUAAGUAAACGUUCCCAAACAGAUGUGCGAAGGAAGGCACGCACCUUGGGAACAGAGGAGCACAUGCGUGCUCACAAGAAGGGAGGCGGUGACACACUGCCUCAUGGUGCUGCAACGACAGCACCACRAAAGGAAACYGGGACAUCGUCUGCACAGCCUGRUCCUCAACGCCCAAAAAAAAGUAGAGGCAGGCCAAGAAAAACCCCAUUGGCGGAUCUGGACGGUUCAGAUGCUGUGACUGCGGAGGGAGAGGACAACCCUACGCAGAUAACUGAUAAGAACGAAGUAGAGGGGGGCAAUGAUGAGGGUGUGCCAAGCAGCGACUAGGGCGUGGCAAGGAAGAGGCCGCGUGAUGGUGAAGAGGAAGGCUCAUCAGACUACCCAUCAAGCGAUCAUGAGCGGCCAUUGGCUGAAAAAAAGCGGAAGGGGUCAUAGAGAGUCAUUAGAGACUCGUGAGAGAGAGAGAGAGAGAGAGAGAGAGAGAGAGAGAGAGAGAGAGAGAGAGAGAGAGAGAGAGUGGACUGCCGUUUUUGGGGUGGUCAUUCAUGAAUCGUGAAUCAUGAAUGACUCUGCAAUCACUUAGGGGACAGCGGCGGUCUAGAAGCUGUCGGUUCUGUUCAAACUUCAAAGUUCAAUGUUAAGUUAAUUCAAACUCCAAAG